CCAUAUGCUCUCGUUCAUCCUGAUUGUGCUGCUCUCGCUGCCCAUCACUCAAUCGUUCCUCGCUCCGCCCUCCGGUAUUGCAGCCCCUUCUCGUCGCACCUCAAAGCAUCCAAUGGCUCCGCCGCAAAGCGAAGGUAGUGUAGAUGCCCAGGCGCUCGAGAUCAUCGCCGAGCUCAAGGCGGGAACGAAGACCAUCGCGGAUCUCCUUGGUCCCCUCACGGGCACCAAGGACAUGACCCCUGCCAUCAACAUCAGGCCCGGCUCGAAGGACCCGGUUCCCGCCGCCCCGCAGGCGGAGUUCCUCCCCAAGGACGACUACAACGUCAAGCUCGUGAGCAACGUCGGCCCUACUGACUACGUCAACCCAGAGCCGCUCGAGAAGUAUGACCUGGUGGUGAUUGGCUCAGGUGCAGCGGGAUUGCUGAGCGUGAUCAUCGCGAACGGGCUGGGCAAGACUUGCGCCCUGGUGGAGCAGCACGCCAUGGGCGGCGACUGCCUCAACGUCGGCUGCGUGCCUUCCAAGGCGCUGAUCGCGUGCGCGACUAGACUGCAUGAGGUGCAACACUCCGCCGAGUUUGGGGUGGAGAUCAAGGGUGAAGUGGGAGUGGACUUUGGCAAGGUUAUGAAGAGGAUGCGCCGGGUACGCUCCGACAUCUCGGAGCACGACUCCGUUGCCCGCUACUCCCGAGACUUCGUCAAGCACAUCUUCCUUGGACGGGGAGUGUUUACAUCGGCGGACACGAUCGAGGUUGCCGGAAAGAAACUCAAGUUCGACAAGGCCAUGGUGGCCACGGGAGCUUCCGCGGCAGUCCCCCCAGUCCCCGGCCUGAAGGACACGCCUCACCUUACGAACUCCAACUUCUGGAACCUGGAAGAGCUGCCACCGAGGAUGGGCGUGAUCGGGGCAGGGCCGAUCGGCCUGGAGAUGUCCCAAGCCAUGCAGCGCUUGGGUUGCAAGGUGACCUGCUUCGAGUACGCCGAUCAGCUUUUGCCCAGGGAGGACCCUGAUGCGGCCAGGUGCCUGGAAGGAGCACUGCUCGAAGACGGGCUUGACAUCAGGCUAGGCGCUCGCAUCAAGCGUGUCGAGUGUGACGAGGACGGAGGGCAGUUCAAGGCCCCGUUCAAGGCCUGCCGGGUCAUCCUCGACAAGAACGGAGAGGAGGAGGUGUACGAGUGCGACUGCCUCCUCAACGCCACGGGCCGCGUGCCGAACGUUUUCGGCGUGGGGCUCGACGAUGCCGGCGUGGACUACAACAACCGCCAAGGGGUGGUGAUAGACGACUACUUCAGGACGACAUCCCCGAACAUCUACGCGUGCGGAGAUUGCGCAUCUCCGUACAAGUUUACCCACGCGGCUGACUGGCAGGCGCGCGUGGCGAUCCGGAACAUGUUCCUGGGCGACAAGAACAAGCAGUCUGACCUGCUGGUGCCGUGGUGCACCUACACGGAGCCCGAGGUGGCUCACGUUGGCAAGUACGAGGCGGAACUCAAGGAAAACGGCGUGGAGUUCGAGUCCUACAUGCGCCAGCUAAAGGACGUCGACCGCGCCAAGUGUGAGGGUAUCACGGAGGGGUUUGCCAAGAUCACCGUCGAGAAGGGCUCUAACGGCAGGAUUCUUGGCGCUACGGUUGUGGGCCCGAACGCCGGGAGCAUGAUCUCGGAGCUCACCAUUUGCAUCCAGAACAACGUUUCGAUGGGCCAGCUGGCAGGUACGAUUCACCCUUACCCGACGGCGGCGGAGUGCAUCCGGCAGGCCGCGAACCUGUACAUCAAGACCUACCGCACGCCCGCGGUUAACAAGGCUCUCGACAUCAUCAUGGCGGAGCAAUCUUGAGUUGACACCCUUGAACGAUAGGUUGAACGCCUUCUUCCUUGUGAUCUCGAGCAUGUGGACCACGGACGACUACAAUGGGAUUCGAUUUUUUUUUUUUUUCUCUUGCGUGGUUCCCUAGGUGCCUCGUUGGAUGUGAACCACGGACGACUACAAUGGGAUUCGAAAAUAGUUUUUUUCUCUUGUGUGGUUCCCUAGGUGCCUCGUUGAACCAUUCGGUGCUUGUCUUCUUCGAUGUCUACGAGUCAUUGCUGCUGUGGCAUGGUUCGAAAGAGAAUGUGGUGUGUGUAGACGCUGGGCUGCACUUGCCACACGUUGCAUCGGUGUUCCGCGAUCGUGCCAGUUUUUUGGGAUGUGGAUCAACUUUCCUUCGGGUGGUGCGGCUUUUGAACCUAAAAUCGCGAUCGGCAAAGACGUUAGCUAGGUAGCGCGUUUGCCCAUUUUCUAGCGGUCGGUGUGUCAUUGCACAUACGGUUGGGCAAAAGGCACGGCGAGAUUGCUGGAACGGGAAUGUUUGCGCAACGAGCAAGAGUAGGUGGUGUAGUUGUUCAUGUCCGGUAACGUGCUGGAUGUACGGCGGUGCUGUUUCGAAAAUGACGGCUCAGCACCACAAGCGUGUUUCGUACUCUUGUGUGGUAGCUGCGGUAUGAACUCGUUUCUUGGGCACCGCGAAAAUUUGACGUUGUUGCUUGGUUUAUGACGCCUACUGUAGAGGACAUCUCUUUUCAGCGCCCGUGGGGCUUGGAAUUAUUGUCUUCUCCAAGCGAGGAUUUGUUAAGUAGUAGAUAGUCUAGUGGCCGUAUUACCGGGUUAAUGGAUUGUCAUUGGUGAGGAUGUUGCGGGCUUCCUUCUCCUCCUCAUCGUUCCCUUC